GUCUAUACAAAGAAGUGAUGCUGGAGACCUACAGGAAUCUCGCUGCUAAAGGCUACUAUUGGAAAGACCAUAAUAUUGAAGGACAUUUUCAAAAUUCUAGAAGAAAUGGCAGGCAUGAAAGAAGUGAAACUGAAGAGAAACUUUCUGAAUUUACUCAAUAUGAUAAAGACUUUGCAUAUCAGAGCCAUCCUCAAAGGCAUGAAGGAAUUUAUUCUGGAGAGAAACCCUAUGAAGGUGUCCAAUAUUUUGAAGACUUUGCACAUCACAGUAGCCUCCAAAUACAUAGAAGAACACAUAUUGUAGAAAAACCCCAUGAGUGUAAACAAUGUGGCAAAGCCUUUGCAUACCACAGUUAUCUUCAAAGGCAUGAAAGAAGUCAUACAGGAGAGAAACCUUAUGAAUGUAAUCAGUGCGGUAAAGCCUUUGGACGCCACAGUCAUCUUCAGAGACAUGAAAGAAUUCAUACAGGAGAAAAAAGCUAUGACUGUAAUCAAUGUGGUAAAACAUUUGUACAUCACAGUCAUCUUCAAAUACAUUUUAAAAGAACACAUAUUGGAGAGAAACCCUUUGAAUGUAAGCAAUGUGGUAAAGCCUUUGCAUGA